UGAUCACACGUCUGGAAACAAGCUGUACGAAACGGCGCGGUAUUCUUACAGUGUGGUUCAGUGUUUUUAAGUACAGGAAGUGUUGAAUUUAAAAAAGCCAUAUUGUUUAAUCGACACGGUUACACCUAGAGUAUUAGAGAUUUGAGGUUUUGGGGUUUUUUUUGCCGUUAGUACGAGGGAAUCCGAAGUGGUGAUGACUUAACCGACUGUGUUAGGAGAAAAACAAACAUCUUUUGCUUUUCAUGAUUUAGCAACAAAUCAUUGUCAACAUGUUUUUUUUUGUGCUUAAUAAAAGUAGACGUUGCUGUGAGUAGUUCUUUGGUUUAUUGUGGAAUCAUUUUCAUUUUAGGAAAUUAUAGAUAUUUUCGUUUUUUAGUAUGAAAUCACAGUACGAAUCAUUCAGGUGCUGCAUUACAUUAGAAUGUUGUAUGUUUGAGGAUGUUGUUCAUAAAGUGUCCGUUUAGUUUCUCUUGAUAGUCACUUUAACUGUUUCUUGCAGUACAUUCCUGUUUUUUUAAUUUUUUUACUUCACUGUUAUUCAUUUAUUAAAAGAAACCGUCAUCCUAUUAGAUGACACGAUGAGUACAUAAUUAUAUUUUAACCACCUAUCUUCAUCAUCAUCUUCAUCACAUAUCCUCAUCUAAUCUCAUCUAUUUUUGCUUUUCUUUGCCUCUCUGGGUCCAUUCCAUAAGUAACCACUUGAUCCCCUUCAUAAAUGUCUUUGUUUUGAAUUGCUAUAUUCACAGAACAGCAUGCUAGUGAUUGUAAAUUUCUCCACAGACUACAGAUGGAAAACCAGAUCUCUUUACAGUGCCAUGUAAACAAACAAACAAGCAACAUUAGGAACUUCGACAUCAACUUCACUUCAAUUUUAUAUAUAGUUGUAUGUUGAAUCGAAAAGAGGAACCAGAUUGAAAAGGGAAGCCGUCCUCAUCUGGGUGACAGCAGACAGUACGAAGCCCCAGGAAGCGGUAAAAGGUUCCAUCAUUUGGUGGUCUCUCUAUCUGUUCUCCUCUUCCUCUCUCUGAUGGGCAAUAGUCUUCUUACCUAUUUUUAUGUUAAACUCAAAUGUCCUUCAGACGCUCACGCUUUGCCUGAGCAGGACGGGAAUUACUCAGCUGGAGAACGUAUCAGACGAUGCUCAGCUGGAGAGCGUCAAAUACAGUACAAAGACAGACUCUACAUUUUCCCUACUGAUGAAAUGAGCUGGAUUUCUAGUAGAGUGAAAUGUCAGGAAUUAGGGGGAGACCUGGUGAUUAUCAACAGCCAAGAGGAACAUAAGUUCCUUGUUGGUGCGAUGAACACAUUUAUCAAUUCUCUGCACUGGAUUGGUCUAAGAAAUGUUGAAAAUCAGGGCAGGUGGCUGUGGGUAGAUGAAACACUUCUGAUGCAAAAUCUCUCCUGGUGGAAGGACAUUGGAGUGGACCAUGAAUCAGAGAGAGAAGACUGUGUGGGUUAUUACGAUGGGCAAUGGGUGGAUAUGCCCUGUUCAACAUCAGAAAGGAGGAUCUGUGAGAUUACUUGCACUCACUGAGCACUGAGUGACUCUUGAUUUCUCUUUGACAUUUUUCUUUUUUGAUUAAUAAACUUUUAUUAUUAAA